AUGUCGGACGAUGAUGAUUUCAUGCAAGACUCUGGGGAUGAGGAUUACGACUUUGACUAUGAAGGCUCCGGCGAUGACGAUGAAGCUGGCGAUAUCGGAAUUGAGAACAAAUACUACAACGCCAAGCAGAUGAAGGUGGACAACCCGGAAGAGGCGGUCGAUGAGUUCUUGGGUAUACCACCGAUGGAAAUGGAUAAGGGCGACUGGGGUUUUAAGGGACUAAAGCAAGCCAUCAAGUUGGAAUUCAAACUGGGACGAUACAGCGACGCCGUCGAACACUACCGAGAGCUCCUUACCUACGUCAAGUCCGCCGUCACCCGCAACUACUCUGAAAAAUCCAUCAAUAAUAUGCUCGACUACAUUGAGAAGGGAUCCGCCGACAGCCAGGCGUACCAAUGCAUGGAGGAGUUCUAUUCCUUGACACUUGAAUCAUUCCAGAAUACCAACAAUGAGCGACUGUGGUUGAAAACAAACAUAAAACUGGCCCGUUUAUGGCUAGAACGCAAGGAAUACAGCCAGCUCAGCAAGAAAGUGCGAGAGUUGCAUCGGGCAUGUCAAAAGGAAGACGGAACAGACGAUACCAGCAAAGGCACCUACUUACUGGAGCUGUUCGCUUUGGAGAUCCAGAUGUACGCGGAAACAAAGAAUAAUAAACGUCUAAAGGCACUCUACCAGCGAGCCCUCCGAGUACGGUCCGCUGUACCGCAUCCGAAGAUUAUGGGUAUCAUCCGCGAGUGCGGUGGCAAAAUGCACAUGAGUGAGGAGAAUUGGGAAGAGGCACAGAGCGAUUUCUUCGAGUCAUUUCGAAACUAUGACGAGGCGGGCUCAAUUCAACGCAUUCAGGUCCUCAAGUAUCUGGUGCUGACCACCAUGCUUAUGAAGUCCACCAUCAACCCAUUCGAUUCACAAGAGACCAAGCCAUACAAGAACGACCCUCGGAUAUCGGUGAUGACCGACCUGGUGGACGCCUAUCAGCGUGAUGACAUUCAUGUCUACGAGGCUGUGCUGAGCAAGAACCCCGACGUGCUGGCCGACCCAUUCAUCGCUGAGAAUAUUGACGAAGUCAGCCGCAACAUGCGUACCAAGGCCGUGCUCAAAUUGAUUGCCCCAUACACCCGGUUCUCCCUCCAAUUCAUUUCUAAGCAUGUCCGGAUUGCGGUGCCGGAGGUCUUGGAUAUAUUGGGCUUCCUGAUUCUUACCAAGCAAUUGGAUGCCAAGAUCGACCAAUCGAACGGAACUGUAGAAGUUUCUAGUCCCAGCGACGUGGAACGAAUCCGUGCAUUGCAAGAGUGGAGCUCGUCUCUACGCACGCUUUGGCAGAAAGCUCUCAAUGGCGAAGGGCUCCGUGCGGACGACGGUACCCACGGGGCCGCAGGCGCCAUGUUCACCCCCGGCUUCGGCGACGAGUCACCUAUAGGUAUGCGGUCUCUCAAUCCGCGUAGCCGACGGGAGUUUCGAGGCAAAGCGCCCGGGGUCAAAACAACUGGGGCGCCGUAA